CUAAAAAAAAAAACACAAUAAAUAGAUAAAGAAGAGACACAGUUGUAGCUUUGUUCUAGGGUUCUUCUUAUUAGCCACCCAAAUCAUCGCGCCGCUCCUCGCUUUUCUUUUUCUUCUCUCACAGAUCUCUAACUCACGCUCCCCGAAUUGAAUCUGUAGAUCUAGCGAAUCGUAUUUGGUCAUCGUCUGUUUGAAUCUGAUAAACGGAUAAUCGAAUUACCUGGAAAAAAAAUAAAUUCGAUUUUUCUUGUGUUUACUGGAUUAGAUCUUUUGAGAUUAAUAUGAAUAUUAUGAAGAGAUCGAAGAAAUCGAGGGUUUCUUGGCCAUCAGGUCCUAAGCUUUGUCAGGUUAAGAUAUUUCGAACAGAGGACUGUCCGGCCAAAGUUGCAUCUCAGCCACAACGUCUUAACUACCCAAAGCAAUCACCUGGGAGACGUCAAGUCCCAGAUCUUCCACCUGGUUUUGAAGGGAAUCAUUAUGCAGAGAAGAUUAGUGUCUCAACCAUUCCUCGGAUCAAAUGGAAACGACCUGCUAAGUUCAUAGUCAGUGGUGCUUGGCUAAUGGGAGAUGGUGGCGAGAGCACAGAAAGGCGAACUGAAAACUUGAGGAUUUCUAAAGUGUUGGAAGCCCUCUAUCCUCAUCGCUCUACCAUCCCUUCUCGACCGUCUGUUUCACCGGUUGUUGGAGCCGAAAGCUUUGACGACAGCAAAACACCCACCAUCCGUCUCACUCCAAUCGAGGACGAGUCUGAAUCUUCAGAGGAAUCAUCCAACACUUCUCUUGAAUCCAACAUUACCGCAAGCAAGCAAAGUUCCUUGGAGACCAAACCUCAGUGUGCAAUCCAAGAACUGGUUUCUGGUCCUGCACCAGAGUUGAGCCUCGCUGCUGCUUCUGCAGCUCUUGCUGCACUGAUGAAAACCAAGGAACAAGGGAGUAUGAUCGAUCCUGAUCUACUUAUCAAACUCCUCCGCGACCCGAAAAUGAUCAAGAAUCUGAUCACUGACACAACAGGUAAAUCCUCUGCACCUAAGAAUCAGCCCCUUGAGACUAAAACCAUCAACCCUACUAGGCUUGUUCCGGAACACGCCACUGCCUUACCCAUGACAAAGCCACAGCCAACAAUCAUACCUCAAAAACAGGGUUUCACAGCUUCUCAGCCUGUUACUAACCCUGAGCAGAGACGAGUGUCUCCACCUAAGACUGAGCAGAGACGAGUGUCACCACCUAAGCCUGAGCAGAGACGAGUGUCACCACCUAAGCCUGUAAACCAAAACAUAUCCCCACUAAAUCAGAUCAAUAGAAACCCGGUUAGUAUACCAAUGCCUGUUCAACCAUGUGUUACGCAACCAUCUCUACCAGCUCGUAUCCCGUCGAGUUCUCUACCAAUGAACGUUAACCCCCACCAGAGACCUCCACGUGUUUUCUCUGAACCAAAGGUAACAAUGAAUCCUCCUCACCACAAUCCUGCAUACCGCACUCCUGAAAUGAACAUUGUUCAGGCACCAGUUGGAUUUGGAAGGGGUCCUGAAAAUGGUUUCAACAAUUAUCCAAUGAACUUUAACCGGACUGGUAAACCGGUAGUGCAACCAAUGAAGAGUGAUGACUAUUUCAAAAACCUUAUAAGGGAACAUGGUACCGUGAAUCAUGAAACUAACCAAUACCAUUCACAAAAUGGAAAAUUCAAUGGACGCUUUGAUCAAAAUAAGGUUCAGAAACAGUGCAUGUACUAUGGCACUGCGAGAGGUUGUCAGAUGGGUGAUAGAUGUGUCUGUGUGCAUGACCGAUUGAGACCUAAUUUUGAAGCCGAGGCUCCAGGGGCUAAGAGGUUGAAGUUUGGAAGCUAUGAUAGAAAUGGUUUUUGAACAUAUAAAUUCUGACUCUUGAUUCAUUCCAAAUCACCAAGUAGAAUUUUUUUCUUUAGUAAAAAAACACCCGAGUUGAAACAGUUUCAAAUUUGAUUAAUUUUUGUGCAUCAA